CAAUAUAUUUGAAGAGUUUCAUAUAAAAAUUAUUUUUUUUUUAAAUUUAGAUUAUAAUGUCAAAUUACUCUCUAUCAGUAAUAUUACAUCGUGAACAAUUUUAUUCCAGCAUGAAUUAAAUAGAAAACGGAAAAUAUAACAAUUCUGUAUUAUAUUUAGUACAUUAUUUUAUGUAGAAAUUUUCAAUAACAUUUUCUAUAAAAUGUUAAGAAUAAUAAGUUAAUGCAUUUUUUGUAUUUUCAACGUGUAUUAUAAUUGUUAUAUUUUAUUUAUUCGUCUGUUAAAAAUCUGUAUUUGUUAAUAAAAUAAUUUUACUGCUUAGAAUAAUUUUUAGAUAUUCAUCAUAUUAUAAAGACGUUCCUGACGGAAAUCAUAAUUUACAUAAUCUAAUCAUCGAUAACUUAUCACAAUAAUUCGAAGGUUUAUCACAGAUUUAUGGACACCAAGAUAAAAACUGCACGAAUUUUCGUUAGUGAUAAUUCAAGAUCAGGCCAACCAAGGUACAAGAAAAAAAUGCAACGACAAAAACGCUUCUCCCUCAUCAUAUUUUUGGUGGUCGUGCUCUCUAUUUUUCAUUCAAGCAAGACAAUAAAAUGUAAAGCUUCAAACCCAGAUGGAACAAUGAGGGACCUGGUUUGUCCGUCCAAUAUGACUACAUGUGUCAAAUUUUCAAACAAAUUAUACUCCGAUUUACGUGCAUGCUCCAUUGAUAACUUCUGUAAAAUAGAAGUGAAAACGUUUAAGUUCAAAACUUGUUAUGAAUGCAAGCAAGAUCUGUGUAAUGGUUCCACUAAGAACAUGGUAUCAACUAUUACAAUGCUAACAUUAGGAAUGAUUGCUCUAUUUUGGUCAAUGCAAUAAUUCUUAUAAUUUGUUUAUAGGUAUUUAAUCUUAUAGUAUAUAAUAUCACAUAUUUUCUAAAAAAAACUCAAUAUUGUUAUUAAAAUCCUUUCUGUUUUUAUAAUUAACAACUUUUUUAAUUUUAUAUUUUUUAAAUUUUAUUAUUUGAAUCUGUAUUAAUUAUAACAUUGGAUAUUACGCAAAAAGAUAUUAAAGGACUUUCAUUAAACUUGUUGCUUAAUGCAAUUUGGAAAGUCUUUGCUCUUUUAUAUUAAUAAAUAUUGAACUCAUAUUUAGAGAUUAAUGUUCAUAAAAUACAUCCAUCUCAUCGGAAAUAUGUAUAUAAAAUCGAAUUUAAUAAAGCAGAUGUGCAACAA